AUGUUAAUUUUUACAUCUAAUUUGUAUUUAAAGUACUUAACCUCAUUUUUGUCUGCAACAAAAGUUUAUAGACAAUUUUUAAGAAACCAUUCAAUAGUGGUAUAUAAAUUAAAAAUGAAUGAGGCUAUUUUAUUACACGAAGAAGGAAGUGAUAUCUUCACCAUGUCAUUACGUUACGUUCAAUCCGAUUUAAAUAUUGAUAGACAAUUCAAUUUUAAUAGGAGGAUUAAUGAGCCUAUAAGUAAUUUUACUCGAAGAAUAAAAACAAAUAUUGGUUUGCAAGUAAUGAAAAAAAUGUAUUGUAAACAAAAAAAGCAUAGCGACUUUGAAACUCCUUUAAGUGUAUUACUAAAUGAUACUGAUAAUAAUCAUAUAAAAUUUGUAAGAGAUUCUUCUAUACUUGAUGAUAAUGAUACAUGUAAAACAAUUUUAGAAAAUUCAUCAAAUGUAAAAUUGAUAAUUUUUAAUACAGAAUAUGUAUUAAGACAAAAUAUACCUUUUAUUACUAAAAUAGAACUACCAUCAAGUAUUUUAGUUGAUUUUCCUGUUUACCCUUCCAAAUUUGAAGGAAAAAAUGUAAAUAAAUUAAAAUCAACUUUUACGUGGUACAAAAAUGAAGGAAAAGAAUGGAUACAAGUAGGACAGGAUUUUUUGUAUGUUCCAUGCAUGUCUGACAUAGGAAGUAAAUUAAAAAUAUCGUGUGUACCCAGAAAUGAUACUGAAUGUGGACCCAUAAUAGAAAUUACAUCAAAUAAUGCUGUACAAAAUGGGCCUGUUUCAUGUCCUUUUGAAACUAGACAUGCAUUUACUAAAUAUAAACUAUCCGGUAAAAGUUUCAGAGUAACUUCAUAUAAUAUAUUGGCAAAUAUAUAUUCAGAAACUCAAUUGUCUCAAGAAACACUCUAUCCAUAUUGUCCAUUAUAUGCUUUAUCAAUGGAUUAUAGAAAAUUACUAAUUUUGAAAGAAUUAAUGGGAUACAAAAGUGACAUAAUAUGCCUUCAAGAAGUAGAUAAUUCAGUUUAUAAAAAUGAUUUGCAACUGGCUUUACGUGUGCUACAUUAUGAUAGCAUAUAUAAUUUAAAGAAUGAUUUACGGGAAGGGCUCGCAAUAUUUUAUAAUCAAGACAGAUUUGAUAAAUUGUACUCUGAUUACAGUGUUAUUUCUCAAGGUGUAAGCCUUGAUGAUUUUAAUAUUAUUUUGUCAAAAAUUGAGAACAACAAUGCAAAACAAACAUUUGGAAACAGAAAUACUAUCAUUCAGAUACUAAUACUUAGGUCUAAAGAAAAUCCUGAAAUCUUAGUUAUUGGUAAUACACAUUUGUAUUUCCUGCCAAUAGCUGAUCACGUACGUCUAUUACAAGCAUAUUAUGGUUUAUUAUAUUUACGGACAUAUGCAAAGAGAGUUAAAAAUGAGAACCCGGAAUGCAACGUUAGUAUUUUAUAUUGUGGUGACUUCAAUAGUACACCAGAUAAAGGAAUUUAUCAAUUGAUGACCCAAAAUUACAUAACAAAAGACCACAGUGAUUGGAGAGCAGAUCCUACAGAAAUGGUACAGGAUGUAGUUCUUACACAUGACUUGAAUUUAUCUAGUGCAUGUGGCAUACCAGAGUACACUAAUUUCACAGCUACCUUUAGUGGUUGUUUAGAUUAUAUAUUUUAUCAAACAGAUUAUUUGGCAGUUGAACAAGUAAUACCAAUACCAAGUAAAGAAACACUUAAAACAUAUACAGGUCUUCCAUCCAUAGUAUUUCCAAGUGAUCAUCUAUCAUUGUGUGUCGAUUUAAAAUGGUUAAAAUAA